AUGCCUGGUUCCGAGUCUCACUCGGACUCAAGACGAAGGCCUUCUUCCACAUCUAUAACCGAAUCCAUCCUCCGCAUCUGGCGAGAGAAAUGUCAACCCUACGCGGCCGAUUACAUCGGUCUAGCCAUAAUCCUGCCCAUCUGGAUAUGUCUCCAACUCUUCAUCUACACGGAGCCCUUCCACCGCAUGUUUGCUCUAGAUGACCGACGCAUCCAAUACCCUCAUGCCGAAAUCGAACAUGUACCCGUACCCUGGCUCUUACUCUAUGCCGGUGCAUUUCCCUUUGCCAUUCUCGUGACUUGGAGUUUUGUGUUCUAUAAGCAAAAGCACCAUAAAACUCAUGUCACAUUACUGGGCUUUGGGAUCAGUCUGUUGGUCACUUUGUUCGUUACUGAUAUCAUCAAAAACGCAGUAGGCAGACCCCGUCCUGACUUGCUUUCCCGCUGCCAACCCGCCCCAAACACCCCCUUGCACGAAUUGAUAUCUUACACCUCCUGCACAAAUCCAAACCACCACGUCCUCCACGACGGCUGGCGCUCCUUUCCCUCCGGCCACUCUUCCUUUGCCUUUUCCGGCCUGGGCUACCUUUCCUUUUUCCUCAUAUCCCAAUUCCGCAUCUUGCAUCCUCGAGCUGGACUUUACCGCACUUUGGUUGCGUUUUCGCCUUUUUUGGGUGCUGCAUUGAUAGCGAUUUCGCGCUUGGAGGAUUACAGACAUGAUGUCUUUGAUGUGGUGGUGGGUAGCACCUUGGGUUUGGGGGUCGGGUAUGGGUGUUGGAGAAGAUGGUUUCCGGCGCUGUCGAGUGGAGGGUGUGAUGAGCCGCAUGCUGCUUUUGAGGAGGGAGGGGAGCAAGGGGUGUUUGAGAGAAUCAGAGAUGAGGAGGAGAUGCUGGGGCAGGGAUUCGAGAUGCAGGGGAGAGAUGGUGGCGGUUAUUUGGGUACUGCUGUGAGAUAG